AUGGGUGGCUUAGCACGCUUGCCUAAGCAAAUCACAUUCUUUCCCGAAAUUGCCCGGAUUCUUCUAUCCGGUGGCGUGAUUGCUGUACCGACCGAUACAAUUUAUGGUCUUGCAUGUUGCAGCCUUUCCACCCGCGGGAUAGACCGCAUCUACCAAAUCAAAGGUCGCGAUGCCGCUAAGCCCAUGGCGAUUUGUCUCGACAAGGCAAUCAGCCUGCCUCAGUGGAGCAACACUGAAGGCAUCGAAAGUAACCUCCUUUCCUCUCUUCUCCCCGGUCCAGUUACUAUUCUGCUUCCAAGGUUGGCAGAUGAUCCCUUGAACCCUCUGCUCAAUCCUUGUGUCAUGGAGAUCGGUAUUAGAGUGCCGGAUAGUUCUCUUGUCUGUCGCCUGUCAGAAGUCUUGGCAGUGGUUCUUUAUAGCGAGGGGGUGACCAGUGAGGAUCUUCAUGUUAGGCCCCAAUGUUUCUCGGCGGCUGCUAUUCCUCUUGUCCUCACCUCAGCUAAUGUCAGUGGUCAAAAAUCCACUCUCUCUCCUGAUGAGUUUUCUGAUCUGUGGCCCCAGCUGGACCUCGUGGUGGAUGGUGGCCGAAUUGGCGGUGACGGUAGUGGCGAUGAAUCGGUGAUUUCUCGUGCCGGUUCCACAGUUGUUGAUUUGUCUCCUGCAGUUAGGUCACGGGGUCAGAGGUUGCACUACCGUGUUCUCCGUGAUGGCAGUGCCUUACAUCAAACUGAAGAGACACUGCGCCACUUUGGGUUCAUCAGAGAGCCUGGUCUCUAA